AUGUUAGACGUUUUUCGAGGUUUAAAGAAUCUUAUAAAAGUAAACUAUGUACAUAUUGACUCGCCAGUGUUCAGGUUGCAUUAUUCAAUCACAGUUAUUCUGCUGAUAUCGUUCAGUUUGAUCGUGACGACCAGACAGUACGUGGGUAACCCGAUAGAUUGUAUCCACACAAAAGACAUUCCCGAGGACGUGCUGAACACAUAUUGCUGGAUCCAUUCUACUUACACGCUCAAGAGCUUCUUCAACAAGAAAGUUGGCGUGGAGGUGCCGUAUCCAGGCAUCGGAAAUAGCCGAGAGAAGGGCAAAGAGGAUAUGAGCGAUAGAAAGAUCUACAAGUACUACCAAUGGGUGUGCUUCUGCCUCUUUUUUCAGGCGAUGUUGUUUUACGCUCCCCGAUGGCUGUGGAAGUCAUGGGAGGGUGGCAAGAUCCGCGCCCUCAUGAUGGACUUGGACGUGGGCGUGUGCACCGAGAUAGAGAAGAAGACGAAGAAGAAACUGAUCCUGGACUACUUGUGGGAGAACCUGAGAUACCACAACUGGUGGGCGUACAGGUACUACCUGUGCGAGGGACUUGCUCUUGUAAAUGUUAUAGGGCAAAUGUUCCUGAUGAACCGUUUCUUCGACGGCGAGUUCAUGACGUUCGGACUAGACGUGAUAGCGUAUAUGGAGUCGGACCAGGAGGAUCGUGUGGAUCCCAUGAUUUACAUAUUUCCAAGAAUGGUGAAAUGCACGCUAUUCAACAAAUUCGGCUCGUCAGGCGAAGUCGAGCGGCACGAUGCUCUCUGUAUUCUACCGUUGAAUGUGGUCAACGAGAAGAUCUACGUCUUCCUCUGGUUUUGGUUCGUCAUCCUCGGGUUCCUUACCUUCAUCACGUUGUUGUACAGGCUUGUGAUCAUUUUCUCCCCAAGAAUGCGUGUCUACAUGAUGCGCAUGAGAUUCAGACUGGUCAGACGCGACAAUGUCGACACGAUAGUAAGGAGAAGCAAGAUGGGCGAUUGGUACUUAUUGUACAUACUCGGAGAGAAUCUCGACUCGGUGAUAUUCAGAGAUAUAAUGCACGAGUUUGCCAACAAACUGAAUCACAACUAUCAGCAUCAUAUCCACGGUGUUCCGGACGCGUGACCUCCGAUCCCCGGGUGGGUAUUCCACACGUGACUGACGUCGUUGCAGCGCGACAUGGACCCGCCCGUGUGAGUCACGCUCGAAACCACUAAAUAAGUGCGUAAUGAGUCAAAGAGAAGAAACUCUUUGUUCAAUUCGGAGACGUGACAAGCGGACCUAGUCGGCUGCCCUGAAGCACCCCACGCCUGAUAUAGACAAUACUACGGAGUGUAUCAAAGACUUCUUUAAUGCGAUACUAUCUGUAAUUAUAAGAAUCGUAACAGUGCAAUUCUAAACACGCAAUAAUAGUUUGUACUUAAUCUUUAAGAACGUGAUCUCAGGAUGAAUCCUAUCGAAGGCCUUUUAAAUGUCAGUGAUGACGGCUAUCCCGUUAGAGUUACUAGUGUUCAACUUUUAGAAAUAUUUUACUCAUAGUUUUGCUGCUCGUAGUUAAUUCAAACCGCUAUCUUUUCUCUAUUCUAGAUAUAAAUUGAAUGUAAGCACACAAAUAAGGCACACAACUUUAUCUUUUUUACACAAUUUCUCACAAAAAGAUUUGACAGACCAAAUAAUAAACAAAUAUAAAAGCAAUAACAAUUAUAAACGCAAUAACUAAUGGUUAAUAUAUGUAACGUAGCAUAGUAGAUACUGGGAAAUUUUCUAGUUGGAGAAUAAAAAGUUCCUUAAACUGUUAGGAUUACUCAAGUUCGUACAGAUAUCUAUGAUUUGGACAGACCAAAAUCACUUUGCGUGCCAAAAGACAUUUUACGUUAUUUUCCAGAGCAUUUUUGAGCGAGUCAGUUACAUUAAUUAAAGCUGUACUUAUAGGUGUUAAUGGAUUAAUAAUAUUUCCUGUAGAAUCCUAAGUGAACUUUAUAAUGUAAUCCUCGUUCAAGUAUGCUUUGAAUAAGUGUAACAAAAUUGGGGCUUGUGUUUUAAAAACGAG